CUUCCCUCACUUUGUUCAGAUCAAGUCUGGACUCUCCGGACUGACCGGACCGCUUCCUUAUACAGCCGCAGGACUCACGCUGCGCGCUCCCGACGACCCGAGGAGCGAGCGUUGAUCCUACCGAGGACGCGCACACGCUGCCUGAUGAUGCGGACUCUGUAGUCCAGGAUUAUCAUGGACCCCCUAGGGAUGCUGCUUCUGGUGACCCUGGUGAUGGCGAUGACGGAGGCGGGCGGGAUCAGUCUCAGGCCGCAGACUCCUAAAAGCUGCAAAUUGACGGAGGCUCUCAGAGGAACAAGAUACAAACGCUACGCCAUAAACCCUGUAGGUCACAGGUGGAUGCACCACAACAUCACAUACAGGAUCAUAAAGUUUCCAAACACACUGAAUGUGGAGGACACAAGAAAGGCCAUCAGCAUCGCCUUCACCAAGUGGAGCGACGUGUCCCCGCUGACCUUUACCGAGGUCAUGGACGCCAAUGACACAGCUGACAUCACCAUUGGUUUCUACACCUUUAACCACACUGACUGUUGGUGGUCUCCUCUCCAUCCCUGUUUUGACGGUCUGAAUGGCGAGUUGGCUCAUGCCUUCCUGCCGCCGCGAGGGGAAAUCCACUUUGACAACCAUGAGUUCUGGAUCCUGGGCAAGUCCAGGUUCAGCUGGAAACAAGGGGUGUGGCUUAAUGACCUGGUCCAGGUGGCUGCUCAUGAGAUUGGUCACGCUCUUGGCCUAUGGCACUCCAGAGAUCCUCAGGCUCUGAUGCAUCCCAACGCCACGUACACGGGCCAGAGAAGCAUCGGACAGGAUGACAUAUGGGGCAUCCAGAGGCUUUACGGUUGUCUGGAUAAGAAGCGUGUUUGCGACCCGUGGGCUCGCCUCGGCUUCUGUGAGCGCAGGAAGACGUUCAUGAAGAAGAACUGUCCUCAGCGCUGUGACCUCUGCUAUGAGCCUCUAGAAGCGGUUUCCACGCCAACACCGCCUCCCGCCAACGUCAAGACCAAGAUGGUUCCCCGGGGGAAGGUGGUGGGUUUCCGCUGUGGAACCAAAAACCCUCGCUCCCCACCCAAAGUCAGCUGGUUCAAAGAUGGUGAGCAGAUCCUCACCUCUGUCCCCGGGUACAUCGUCAUGAAGGACCGAGACCUCCGCAUCGUCGCCAACGAGUUCAACGAGGGCGUGUACACAUGCCGCAUCCAUCGGCGGGGGGACAUCGUGUCCGCCAACUCCUGGGCCAUCCGCCUAAAACCAGAGCAGCCAUCCAACAGUUGAGGACACAGAGACGAGGGACAGAGACAAAGGACGCUGACUACAGAUGGAGACAAAGGACGGGGAGGAAGGACGGAGGCUAGAGUCAAUGAUCAAGGAUGAAGACAGACAUAAAGGCCAGAGACGGGGAACAGAGAUUAGUGACUUUGACCAAGGACAAACAAAAGGGAUGGAUAAGAUGGACAUGGAGGACAGACAAGAUGGACAGAGGAGGAGGGAUUAUGGGACAGUGAUGAGUGACAGAGACAAAGGUGAAAGACACUGACUGGAGACAGGGAUAAAGAACUUUGACAAAAGACGGACACAAAGGAAAGGGGACCAUGUCCAGAGACAGAGGACAGACAAAGACCAGGGACACCGACAAAGGACAGGAUGAAGGGCAGAGAAGGGUGGAAGACCCAGAGGACAGAGAUGAAGGACAGAGGCUGGAUCUGGAGGAGGGUCUGCUGUGGGUUUGGGUCUAACUCAUGGACCAGGUCAUCAUUAGUCCAACAAAUAUUCAGACUGGUAUUUGGACUUUGAGGAAACAGACGCCACUUUCUCUCUGGCUGUGAGACAUCAUGGCAGCGUUCACGCCUCACUGUGGCCAACGCGGGGACAUUUGUGCAAAGGCUGCAGGUUUGAGCCAUGUAGCUUUAUGCUAACUGAUGCUAUUAUCGUUGAUGUUUUUAGUAAAGAUAAACAUUUAAAAAAAACUCUCAGGAAACAGAGGAUUCUGUGGGAGCCAAUCACAGUGAACUUCGCAGUCAGGCUGCUGGGACAUGAGCUGAUUAAAAAACAUUAAAAAAAACCCCUUCUUCUCCUUUCUCAUUGGUCAGCAGGGUUUGUUUAUUACUGACCUCCAGGGUUGAUGCUAACUCUCCUGGACAUGUAUGGAGUCAUUACGGUAACGAAACUCAAGAGGUUACAUGUUUUUAGAAUCACAACUGACAUUCAGUCUUUCUAUUCAAAUCAGAGUUUGUGCUCUAAAAUUAACCCUUCUGAUUUUUCUCUGUGGCUUACCACCACACUUCCUUUAUUGGCUGGUUCAUACUCUUCCUAUUUCCUAUUGGCUGGUUCUUCCUCUACUUGUUUCCUAUUGGUCAGCUCAUCCUCUACCUGUUUCCUAUUGGUCGGUUCAUCCUCUACCUGUUUCCUAUUGGUCAGUCCAUCAAUGAAGAUAUGGUCAGAGCUCAGAGAAAAAUUAGAGUGUCAGUUUGACAGACCCUCAGAAUAAACCUGAAUUUCAUUUCAUUUCAUUUCAUUUAUUUGUUCUAGUCAUGGCAAAAUCCACAUUCCCUCACAAAGAGACAUUCAACCUCACUCCACUCCAUGACUAGAAAGGAGCGGGGAGAAGAAAAAUUCUUAUUUUCUCUGCCCCACACUCAAAACACAAAUGUUCAACAGUUGGUCUGCCAAAUUUACAAUAACUGAGAGAAUAUUAUUACAGCAACAUUCAAGAAAGAUACAGUAACAUUUUCAAGAGUCUUACAACACCAGCCCUCAGCAGAAUAAAAUAGGAAAACAAAACACCCUCUUCACCAUGUUCAUAAUGUCUUAUGAAUCUCUCUUUAAACAUUUUCUUGAACUCAAAUAUAUUCAGACAGCUCUUCAUAUCACUCUGUAAGGAAUUCCGAAUUUUAACUCCAACCACAGAAAUACACAUAUGUUUUAAGUUAAGUUGAUGCUUGAAAUUAAAUUUCCGUCUAUGGUUCUCAUCUUCUGAACUAAAAACAAAAAACUUUUGUAAAUUUUCUGGUAAUGCUCUACUUUUAGCUCUGAACAUAACUGUGAGCGUCUGCAGCUCAAUCAAAUCUUCAAGUUUUAACAAUCCUGCCUUAAUAAACAGAUUGUUGGUGUAGUCUCUGUAACCUGCUUUGUGAAUAAUUCUUACUGCUCUUUUCUGUAAUAAAAAUAAUGGAUUUAUGUUGCAUAUAUAUAUAUAUAUUUCCCCAAAUUUCCACACAAUAACAAAGAUAUGGCAGAGUAAGAGAGAAAUACAGCAUUCUCAUAACGUUGCAAUUCAACAGAAACUUCGCUUUGUUUAGAAUAAUAAUAUUUUUAGACACCUUUGUUUUUACGUGAGCGAUAUGAGCUUUCCAUGUCAGUUUAUCAUCAACAAUCACACCCAAAAAAACGAAAUUCAGACACUCUUUCAAUGUUAACACCAUCUAUAGUCAGUGAGAUAUUUUCCUCUUUUCUUUUAUUUGUAAAAACCAUAAACUUUGUUUUAUUUAGAUUUAAAGACAAGUUGUUUUCAUCAAACCAUUGUUUCACUUUCACCAUUUCAUUUUCUACUCUUAUUAUCAACGUUUGUAAAUCAUCUCUGGAACAAAAAAAAAGUUGGUGUCAUCUGCAACCAACACUGACUGCAGUGACUUUGAGACUUCAUUGAAACUCCACAUUCUAUAUUGAGACACUCAGAAUUAAAACCAGAAAAGUGAACAUAUUGUUGUCUUUUAUCUAAAUAACUACAUAACCAGUUCAAAACGACACCCCUUAACCCAUAUGUAUGUAAUUUUGAAAUUAAAAUAUUAUGAUCAAUGGUAUCAAACGCUUUUUUUUAAAUCAAUAAAUACACCAAUAGUAUAUUUCUUUUUUUUCUAUUGCUGCAGUAAUUUCUUUAGUAAUUUUCAUUAAUGCUAAAGAAGUUGAUCUGUUGCUUCUGAAACCAAACUGACUCCCACUUAAUAGUUUAUUCUUUUCUAUGAAAUAAUCUAAUUUAUUUGCAAAUACUUUUUCCAGCACUUUAGAGAACUGUGAUAGCAAUGACACUGGUCUGUAAUUAGUAAAGCUGUUUGUUUCCUGUUUUAAACAGUGGUAUAACCUUUGCCGUUUUCAUUCUGUCUGGAAAAACACCUGUAUAAAAAGAAAGAUUAAAAA